CAAUCAGCACAGUACCUAAAACAGGAAGCAACGAGACAUACAUUUUUUUUACGAAGGCAGUCUGAAAACAACGUCAAACCCGUGGAAGAAAAAACGUUAUUGUCCACGAGAAGAGAAACUACACAUCAAAAUCACAGCCUCGUAUUGUGGAUGCAUUUGAUUCAAUCUAAACGGAGAAGGUCUCUGUUGACAAAAUGGGACAGCAUCUAGGAAAACGCGAGCCACAGCCGCAGAGCAAGCUUUCGUCACCAGAAGCAGAACAGACCAUAGAACCAGCACCCAUUGGUGAGAUCAUGGCAGAACCCGAAUCACAAGAUGAGGUCUUUGGCCUGGGUGAGGCAGAUGUGAACCCGAACAAUGGCUGCCCCUCUGAGAAGGCGUCGGCGGCGACUGACUCCACGGGCACUGAGGGGCCCAGCAGUUCCUGGAACGAGGCCAGCACAGCUGAUGCUGACGAUAGCGCCGCGCCACGCCCCCACCUGGUCCGCCUCUUCUCCCGAGAUGCACCGGGCCGCGAGGACAACACCUUCAAAGACCGCCCUUCUGAAUCGGAUGAGCUACAGACCAUCCAAGAGCACAGCGGAGCGGGAUCAGAGUGCGGUUCAGAGGAUCAGGAUCUAGACUAAGAUUGUUUCUUUGCCCUCCCUUUCUCGAUCUUUAAUACCCCCUUCGCUCUUACCUGAGAGAC